CCCAGCCCGUGAGCGCCCCAGCGGGCCCGGCGCCCCUCCCAGCGCGGCGCCCCCCCGACCUUCCCGCGCCCGGCCCCUGUCGGGCGCACCCCGGGAAGCUCCGAGGCCGGGCGGUGGAGGAGCUGAGCUGGGCGGUCUCGCUGCGCCGGCCGCUCGCGGCCACCCGCGCCCCGCCGUGCUGACCCCGCCGCCCUGCGGAGCGAGGGCGCGGAGGGGUGCGCAGCGGCCGGGGACUCGACGGCCGUCCUCUUCCCUGCAGGUCCGGGCCGCGUCGGGGAAGAUGUACCAGAGCCUGGCGCUGGCCCCGAGCCCCGGCCAGGCCGCCUACGCCGACUCGGGCGCCUUUCUGCGCGCGCCAGGCGCCGGCUCCCCGGUGUUCGUGCCGCCCGCGCGCGUCCCCGCCAUGCUGCCCUACCUGCCGGCGUGCGAGCCGGGCCCCCAGGCCCCCGGGCUGGGCGCGCACCCCGGCUGGGCGCAGGCGGCCGCAGACUCCUCAGCCUUCGGCUCGGGCAGCUCGCACCCGCCGGCCGCCCAGCCGCCCGGGGCCACCGCCUGCCCCUUUCGGCACAGCCCCCCGGGACCAGGCAGCGGGGGCGCGGGGACUCGGGAGGGUGGCGCCUACCAGGGCGCGCUGCUGGCGCGAGAGCAGUACCCGGCCCCGCUGGGGCGGCCGGUGGGCGCGACCUACCCCGCCGCGUACCCCGCCUACGUGAGCGCCGAGGUGGCCCCGACCUGGACCACCGGACCCUUCGAAGGCAGCGUCCUGCACGGCCUCCAGGGCCGCAGAGCCACCUUCGCGCCAGACGUCCUGGAGGAGCUCCCCAGCGAGGGUCGCGAGUGUGUCAACUGUGGGGCCCUGUCCACACCGCUGUGGCGCCGCGACGGCACCGGCCACUACCUGUGCAACGCCUGCGGCCUCUACCACAAGAUGAACGGAGUCAACCGGCCGCUCGUGCGCCCACAGAAGCGCCUGUCCUCAUCCCGCCGGGCCGGCCUCUGCUGCACCAACUGCCACACAACCAACACCACGCUGUGGCGGCGCAAUGCGGACGGCGAGCCGGUGUGCAAUGCCUGUGGUCUGUACAUGAAGCUGCAUGGGGUGCCGCGGCCCCUGGCGAUGAAGAAGGAAAACAUCCAGACGCGGAAACGCAAGCCCAAGAACGUUGUGAAGACCAAGGGCUCUUCAGGAUGCAGCACAGGGAACCCCACAGCCUCCCCGCCCACUGUCCCGGACCCUGAGAGCUCCACAGCCACUCUGAAACCCAACUCCAGCCUGGCAUCCCCUUCAUGCCCGGGGUCCAGCGUCCCCUCCCAGGCCUCUGCCCGGGUGGACGACCCCCUGGCUCCCAGCCACGUGGAGUUCAAGUUCGAGCCCGAGGACUUUGCCUUCCCCUCUGCAGCCCUGGGCCCCCAGGCCGGCCUGGGCGGGGCCCUGCGCCAGGAGGCCUGGUGUGCACUGGCCUUGGCCUAGGUGCUCGGGUACCCGUCGGACCCACCUCACUGCCUGCUAGGCUCCAGCACAGCAGAGGGAGACCACCAGGCCCACCCGCCGGGAGAGAUGAGCCGGCGGGACCUCGAGGUGCUGGGCCUCCACGGCGGGGAGGUCUUCUGUACAGAUGGCAGUCGGACCCCAGUAGGCCGAUGAGGAGGCCUUGAACUCCCCUGCAGGCCGCAGGGGACUCCCCCAAAUGCUGUGUGGCACUCUGCCUGGGCCACUGCAGCCAGGGCUGACCAGGGGUGCCCGUUGCCAGCAGCUCUCUCGCCCACCUGUGCCAUCGCCGUAUUGACAUACAGCAGAAGUUGGAAAACACCCCACCUCCUACUGUAAAAUCAGGAUCACCAGUGAAAUGGCCGAGGUCAGGCAGCCAACGUGAAUGAGGGGACCCGCCGGACAUGGGACCUCCUCGAGCCCGAUCUGUCCCUUUUCUCACAUGUGAUGGGUAAAGACACAGCACAGAGGAUUUUCCCUCCUGUGAGUGAAGGACCGCUAGGGACAGAUGUGCAGGCUGUGCACUGUGCCAGGACGCCACCCCAAGGGCAAGCCAUUCGCACCACAGUCGUCAUCCACUUGUGUAUUUAUUGGGGUGGUUUCCCCAGAGGGAACAGUAAAGGCCCAUCCUGAAUGAAUCUGUGUAUCACGACUGAGAGUGAAGGACCUGGGGCCCCGUGCUGACCCACAGGCGCUGUCAGUGCUGGCGGAGGAGUGAGCACACACGCUGGCUUACCUCAGACCAUCCCAGCGUGGCUUGUCCCCAGGGAACCCUUACUGACGCCCUUUGCCUACAGAAGCCCUCCCCUCCCAGGACGGGGGUACAUUAGUUGGUCAAGCCGGCUACGGGAGCUGUGCCCGAGGGACCCGAAUGCCUAGCAACAGCUGGUGUCGGGGAGGCCAUAGGCAUGCAGGGGAGGGCGCACGCCUGCCGCAGGGCGCGUCCUUUCUGCUCCGUUGAUGCCUUUCGCCAGCAAACGUGGCGAGCCCGCAGGAGCAGCCACUGUGCCACGCUGGUCAAAGCCCGUCUUUUGUAUUUGAAACCCGUGGUCGGUGGCGUCAGCUUCCAGAACGUGUGCGUUCAUCGUGAGGCUAUAGCCCAAGUUCAAGCAGCACAAUUUACACGUGAUGUUGUCUUGUCUUUUUUUUAUAAGACAA